GCAAGGCUGCGCGGAGACGAAGAUUCUAUUCGCAUUUCGCCUCCUCCUCCUCCUCCCCUCUCCCCUCUCUCUCUCUACCUUGUGGUGGAGUGGCGUACUAGUAGUGGUGGUAGUCGUCGUCGUCGUCCUCGUCUCGUUGCCUCCGCCUCCGCUCCAACCCUGCACUUUUGCGGGUGGUUCUUGGAUUGGAGGAGGGCAGGGGGUGUGUGUGAAUUUUGGGGGGGUGGUGGUUUGAUCGAUUGAUGAGUUGGGGGAGAUCAAGAUGAGGGCGGAUCUUAGUACCAUACAGCAGACGCUCACGCCGGAGGCGGCGGCGGCGCUGGCGAGGGCUAUGGAGGAGGCUGGGCGGAGGCGGCACGGGCAGACCACGCCGCUGCAUGUCGCGGCGGCGCUGCUCGCCGCGCCGGCGGGGCUGCUGAGGCAGGCCUGCGCGAGGGCGGCGGCGGCGGCGGGUGGGGGUGGGGGUGGGGCGGGGGCGGGCGCGGCGGCGCACCCGCUGCAGUGCCGGGCGCUCGAGCUCUGCUUCUCCGUCGCGCUGGAUAGGUUGCCGGCGGCGGCGGCCGCUGCCGCGGCGCAGGGGGCGGGGGCGGCGCCGCCGGUGUCGAACGCGCUCGUCGCGGCGCUGAAGCGGGCGCAGGCGCAGCAGCGGCGGGGGUGCCCCGAGGCGGCGCAGCAGCCGCUCCUCGCCGUGAAGGUCGAGCUCGAGCAGCUGGUGCUGUCCAUCCUCGACGACCCCUCCGUCAGCCGCGUCAUGCGGGAGGCGUCCUUCUCCUCCGCCGCCGUCAAGUCCAUCAUCGAGCAGUCGCUCUCCGCCCCCUCGCCGUCGCCCUCCGCCGCCGCGGCCUCCACCCCGACGGCCGCGCCCGGCCCGCUCUCCCCGGCACCUUCGCCCCUCCCGCGCACCGGCGCGGCCAACGCCUACAUCAACCCACGCCUCGCGGCUGCCGCCGCCGCCGCAGGCGGCGGGGACGACGCGCGCAAGGUGAUCGACGUCAUGCUCAAGCCGGCGCGCCGCAACCCGGUGCUCGUGGGCGACGCCGGUCCGGACGCGGUGCUCAAGGAGGCAAUCCGGAGGAUCCCGACGGCCGGCCUCCCGUCCCUCGCCGGGGCGAAGGUCCUCCCCCUGGAGGCCGAGCUCGCCAAGCUCGCCGGCGACAAGGCGGCCAUGGCGGCGAGGAUUGGAGACCUCGCCGCCGUGGUGGAGCGGCUCCUCGGCGAGCACGGCGGGGUGGUUCUUGAUCUCGGCGACCUCAAGUGGCUGGUCGACGGCCCCGCGGCGGCGGCGUCGGAAGGGGCCAAGGCCGCGGUGGCGGAGAUGGGGCGUCUUCUCCGUCGGUUCGGGCGCGGCGGGGUGUGGGCCGUCUGCACGGCGGCAUGCACCACAUACCUCCGGUGCAAGGUCUACCACCCAGGGAUGGAGGCGGAGUGGGACCUCCACGCCGUGCCCAUCGCCCGCGGCGCGCCGAUCGCCACCGGCCCACCUCUCCGGCCUGGAGGCAGUGGAAUUCUCAACAGCUCGGUAGGGAUGCUGUCACCAGCACUCCGGCCUAUGCCGGGGUCAUCGCCGACGGCGCUCCGGUGGCCGCCGGGGAGCAACCAGACUCAGGCAGCAAAGCCAGGCAUGUGCUUGCUUUGCAAGGGCGGUUAUGAGCGCGAGCUCGCUAAACUUGAGGCUGAGCAGGCGGAUAAGCCGGCGUCCCGCCCUGAGGCUGCCAAACCUGGUUUGCCACACUGGCUGCAGCUCAGCAAUGAUCAAAACAAGGCCAAGGAGCAAGAGCUGAAGUUUAAGAGGAGCACAGAAGAGCUCGAGAAGAAAUGGCGCGAGAUGUGUGCGCAAAUCCACUCCGUCUGUCCCAUGGCACCGGCGCUCUCUGUGCCUCUUGCCACGUUCACUCCACGCCCACCAGUGGAGCCUAAACUGGCAGUCGCAAGGCCCACUGCUAUUCCCACUCUUAAGAUGAAAACCAAUUUGGAGAAGCCCUCAGUUGCGCCGACCCUUGAGCUCCGUAAGAGCCCGCCAGCCAGCCCAGUGAAAACUGACCUUGUGCUCGGUCGAUUGGACCCAGGCACCAAUCCUGCUGCGGAGAAUGAGCAGAAGGAAAGCUGUGAAGGACUAACAGCUCUACAAAAGGCUAAGAUUGCUGGAAUUUCUGAUAUUGAAUCCUUCAAGAGGCUCCUCAAGGGGCUUACAGAUAAGGUCUGCUGGCAGUCAGAUGCCGCUUCCGCCAUCGCUGCUGUUGUGAUACAAUGCAGAUCUGGGAGUGGGAAGAGGCGGAACUUUGGGACAAGGGGUGACAUGUGGCUCAUGUUUGUUGGCCCUGAUCAAGCUGGUAAGUGGAAGAUGGUGAACACAUUGUCUGAGCUGAUGGCAAACACCCGACCAGUUGUUGUGAACUUUGGUGGUGACUCCCGGUCGGGCAGGGUUGGCAAUGAUGGUCCGCAUAUGGGUUUCUGGGGAAAAACUGCACUCGACCGGGUCACUGAGGCAGUUCGACAGAACCCAUUCUCGGUAAUUGUUCUUGAGGGCAUUGAUCAAGUGGACGUCGUUGUGCGUGGAAAGAUCAAGCGGGCAAUGGAGACCGGUCGGCUACCAGACUCACGUGGUCGUGAGGUCAGCCUUGGUAAUGUCAUAUUUGUGCUCACCACUAAUUGGGUACCUGAAGAGCUUAAAGGAUCAAACGUCGAGACAUUGCUACGAGGUGAAGAGAAGAUGUUGGAGUCAACGAGCUCGAGUUGGCAGCUAGAACUCUCGAUUGUUGACAAACAGGUCAAGCACCGAGCAGAUUGGCUAUGCGACGAUGUCCGCCCUGCAAAAUUAGCAAAAGAACUGUCCAGUACCCACGGUCUGUCACUUGACCUCAAUUUGGCAGUUGGUCCCUUGGAUGACACUGAGGGCUCACAUAAUUCCAGUGAUGUUACAGUGGAGCAAGAGCAGGAGAAAGGGCAGCUCGCAGUCAGGCGAUCGACACCGGCCCCUGGCUCUGAUCUACUGGAACUCGUCGAUGAUGCCAUUGUGUUCCGACCAGUUGACUUCGCGCCAUUCAGGAAGGCGGUUACGGAUUGCGUAUCGGCGAAAUUCGAAUCGGUCAUGGGGAGCAGUAGCUCAUUCAGGAUUGAUGAAGAUGCCAUCGACCGGAUGGUUGGCAGCGUCUGGCUCACCGAUGAGAAGAUUGAGGACUGGGCCGAGAAGGUGCUCAAGCCAAGCAUUGAGCGAUUAUGGCACAAUGUGAAACAUGAUACCGGGCGGUCUAUGAUUCGCCUUACAUCUGUUCCAGACAAAGCAUUGCCAAGAUGGGGAGGGGGCAGGGAAGGGCUACCGGUGGCAGUGACGAUCGCCAUUGACGGCAUGUAGAGAAGGAAGGAACUGGGGGUGUGGGGUUUGAUAAAUUCUUUGUAUGGUAGAUAUGUAAAUAUUGGGGGGAGAACAACUCCCUGUUAUAAGCUAGGGGGAAGGUUACUAUCUGAAGCACAUAGGAGGGAGGGAGAAAAUGUCCAUUGACCACCAAAUAGGCAUAUGGAGGUUAUAGAUCUUAUAACACCCAGAUAUGAUCUAUACUUUUUGAUAUAUUUUUAUAGCUGUGUUCAUUGAAACAGAAAAAAGAAAAGGGUUUUCUUUUGCUGCUUCCCUAGGGUUGCAAGGAUUGAUCUCGGUGUAGAGGAAGUAAAUAAUGGUGUUGUGCAAUAAUUUUCUUGCCCUGGAGAUACAAAGUGCUCAAAACUGUUCUUGUAAUGCAUGAGCCAUUUGAAAUGCAUCAGGCUGCAAAGAUGUGUGAAUAUAUCAAAGAUUUUGCUC